GUGACCCAAGUGAAUGUCGUCGCAAUGCUGAGACGAUGUUUGUGGACAACUAGCCUGCCAUGGAUUGUCCUUAGCCAGACCUACUACAUGAAUUUUAUCUUCAAUAACAAUGGAUAUAUGAGCCGUGAGCGAGUUCAAAUGACCAGCGAUCGAAGAAACCAUUCAAAGUGGGUGGACAUUGACGAUGAGAUUUUGGAGAUCAGUUCAAUAGAUCAUGCACACAUGGAGAAGAUCUCGGUUGAGAGUUGGGCAUCGAAGGAAAGCCUCGAAUCUCAUCAGUCAGCAUCAAACACGGAUGAGGUGGCUCAAGUUUUUGUGAUUAAACCCAACAAAAAGAAAACGAAGAUGCCGACGAUUAGGACCACUAAGGAGGCCCACGCGGAGACAACAACAACAGUUUACAACUUAGAUGCCAAAGAGGAACCCCCAGAAGUAGUCACCGAAGGAAAAGUCCCAAAGGAAAAAACCACAAAGAAACACACGACAAAGAAUCAGACCACUAAGAAACACACCACAGAGAAACCCACCACACAAGGAAACCAAAAAGAAUUGGACGUGGUUGGCAAAGUAGACAUCCCAGAGAAUAAUGUAAAAAGACAAGUGGAAAAAGGUACAGAGAAAGCCCAAGAAGUAACCACUGAACCAAUACCCGAAAGUGUACUAAUCAAUAUCAUAGAAGCAUCUGACGAACGAGCAGGCAAGAACGAGACAGCCACCGAAAUGCCAGGGGAACCAAAAGAAACAACAACAGCACCAAAGCAACCCAUAGAAACAACAACAACAACGGCAGAUGAAACGACAGACAUAACGGAUGGCGCUUCGAAAGAGAUCACAAAAUGGAAAACCGUUACGCCCCAUCCGCCGGAAUUCUUUCAGUAUCCCGGGGCCAAGUGUCACGAGGAAAUGGAUCUGCACGAGCUGUUUGGCAUUAGCCUCGAAAGAGAUCGGGGCCUGCCCAGCAAGGUGUUCUGUGAGUUCAACAACAGCUGGGGUGGUCCCUGGCACCUGAUGACACGCAUUGAGCUGCCUACCAGGGUGCACAUGCGGCACUGGUUUUUCGGUUACAUCACCGAGGACUACAAGGAUAUGAACAUCAACUUCAUGGCCCUGGCCCACAUUAUGAACUCCAUGCGGAUAGCCAUGCUGAUCAUUGGGCAGGACAACAACGAUCAGCUGGUCUACAACUUGUAUGACGAUGUCGUCAUUUCGGGCUUCAACGAUCUUUUUAUGCUGCGCAAGGCCCAGCUGGUGGCUGCGAAUACCACAGAUCUCCUCUUCGUCUCCGUGGGCGAUGUGAUUACAACGUUUUCGGGCCGGAAUCGCUCGUGUCCCUUCCACGUGAUCGGUGGCUGGUGGGGCUUCAAUAGUUGGCGACCCACAUCCCAGUAUUUCUGUGUCUUUCCUGUGGAUAGGGACGUCAAGCGGCCUGGCUACAUGGCCAUCUUCAUCAAGCCAAGUCCGUUUGCCAUCAACAAUACGGCCAUGUAUGAAAAUCUCGUCACCACACGACGUCCCUGGGCGCCCACAGUCGAUGCCAGGCUCAUGGAGAUUGCUAAGGAACAAAAAAUUAGGUACCGCAAGGUGAAAGAUGAGGAAUUUACACGCAACAAGGUGGCAGUGCUGGCUGAGCUGGGACGUCGCGCUGACAUCUACAAGGACUUUGAAAAGGAUCGAAUCAUCGAAAAUGGUCAGCCGCUGGGCAACGUGUAGCACCAAAACAGGAUGCUAGGCUUAAGGACAAGAGAGCUGGUACUCAAUCAAAAAUCGCAAAAUUAAUUAGGCAAUCCAAACAAAUGCUCAAUAAAUAUAAGAUUAGCUUUUUCUAUGGUCUUUUCAUUGUGGAACUCUC